AUGCCGUCACUAUCACCGACAUCAGCACCCAACGAGAACUCAGAGAGGAAUUUCACUGCGUCCUUACACAUAGAAACAAAGAACGCAAACUUACACGCAAAAGAAAUGGAAUUAAUCAGUAAACUUCUAGCAGAUUACAUAGAAACGGUAACUAAAAGUGAACACACGGAAUAUACAACUAAGAGUAAAGUUGAAAACACCAAAAAAGAAGUUCAAGAACCAAAUAUUGCACGUGAUUCUAAAAAUAUUAUACCAUCUUUGAAAAAACAAAUGAACGAAUUAAAUAAUUUCACAAAAGAUGAUUUGCGCUCAAAUAUGUUAUUUGAAUCUAUUUUGAAAGCGGUUGAAGGCUAUCCGUUGAAAAUAAUGUAUAAUAGUUCGCACCACUACAAGAAGUCACAGGAAACGCCACUCAGUCAAAUUCCGAGAGUCGAAACAAAGUCGAUUGAUGCAAAGCAGACCAAAGAAAGUAACUCAUCUAGACUUCUCAGUCGUCUUCUUCGAGUCCAAGAGGAUUUCGAGAAUUUUGCAUCAACCAUCUCUUACAGCCAAGCUACUACGAAAAAAGCCGAGAAAAGAAUAAAUAAACAUUACCAGGACCCAGUAAUUAAAGAUCGUUACAAACAAAAUAACGUCCUUCCCUAUUUAAAUGAGAUAAAAAACAGCUCACAACUCUCAGAGAAAAAGAGAAAUGUUGAGAAUAAUCCAGUGACAAUGAAACAAUGGGACCCAGUACGAGUUUUCCCAACGAAAAAACCAAAUCACGUUUUACCAACAGGAGAUUAUGCAAAAAAGUCUGAUGAAGAUUAUCGAUCUCGACCUUCACAAAAUAUCAAAGAAAAAUCACCACGAAUUAAAUCUAAGAGAAGGUAUGCAAAAUCGGAUGACGAACGAGAAAUUGGACAUAGAACUGAGCAACCCCAAUAUUUAAAUAUUGUUAAUAAUCAAGUACAAUCUGCAGAAAUAGAGAAACAUAAGAGAAAACAAAAAAGGCACCAUUAUCGCGAUGUGCAACCUAAAACAUUUAAGUCCUUGCUACCAUCAAUAAAACAGAAGAAACAAAGCGAGCAUUCAACACAUACACAUACACACAGCCCAAUAAAAAAACGUUUUGAAAUUACAUCCAAUGAAAAGGAUUGUUCAGAGUCAGGUGACGAUUUGGUUAUCGAGAGGAGACAAUUAGGAAAUGCGUAUAAAAAAGGACGAGAAAAUUAUCGUUACAUGAAUAAUGAACUGAGCAUGAACAAUGAAAUUAAAAAAGGAGGUCCUAGUAGUCGGCAGCAUGUAAUAGAAAACACGAAAGUUUCACAAAAUCGUCAACAUAGGAUUAACUCACCGAUCAUUAAGAAAUGGCAAAAUAAUGCUGAUUCCAUGGUCCAAGUGAAAAGGCGUGAGACGCCAGAUGUAGCCAAUCGUGAACAGCAACCAGCAGUAGGUUUCCAACCAGUAGAGCGUUUGGAACCAGUCAUAGGUAUGCAACCAGUAGUAGCUUUGCAACCAGCAGCUGGCUUGCAACCAUUAGUAGGUUUGCAUUUGCAACGAGCUUUGCAACCAGCACCUGGUUCGCUACGAGCAGUAGAUGCGCAACUGGACACAAGUUCGCAACCAGCAGCAGGUUCACAUCCAAUCGUAAAAGUAAGAGCGAUUGGAGAGGCUCAACCUUUAUCACCUAAAGUUAUCAAAGAGAUCGCUGAAAAAGUCAAGGAAAUCGUGCUAAAGGAUAUAGAGGAAGGUGUUACUAUCAGGAGCGUUGGGGCUAGCACCACUGUUGGGACGACCACGACUGAAGUCUCUGUUCAGAGGAUUUCUUCUACAACUCUUUCCACAACAACCACUACACCUACCCCGCGAACCACGACUGAAAAAUCAUCAACGGUGCAGAAAAACACUGAGGCGAACCCAGUGAUGCAGCAGCUGAUGGAAAUAUUCAAAGAGUUAAAAGGUAUAAAGGAACCUACCACCACGACCACCACGUCCACCACACAGGCGCCGCAGCCCACCACAGUGAGUAAUGCGACUCCGAUACUACAGAAAAUACCUACACUACCUGUCACACAAAAAUAUCCGCAAAUAUUUAACCCGUACAUAGUAAAAGGCCCACCUAACCUUAACGAGCAAAUGGUAAACAACGCACCAUACAUGCAAGGCUUACCAUACAUAGCACAUGUAUACUCCCGGCCCAUUACCAUACAAACCAACGAUGACCAGAUUGCCCCCCUCGCGAUACAAAUAUCCAAACCUUUGAAGGCCAUGAACCAACACGUUGUGAUCACUACACAAGAUCCCAAUGAGAAAAUAAAACAAGAACUACAACGAGAGAGUAAAAAACGUAUCGAGGAAAACUUUCGGAUGCCUCAUUCGGAACUUGCAAAAGUACAAUUUGCAGACAAUAUCAAUAGACACGAUGACAGAGUUGCUUACAAGAAUAAAUUUAUUAAGGAUAGAGAUAAGCCGUGGUAUUACCAUGAACACAAUGAUGACGUUCGCCACGACGACUCUCAUCCAAUGGACUCUAGAUUCAAGGGCAGUUUGAGUCACUUACAGGAUUUAAAUCGUGCAUCAAGUAUGAGCCACACUGAGAAUCUACCGUACAACGGGAGAAUAACUGAACAUGAGUAUAAUCAGCCUCAUAGCCAACAGAGUGACAUGGGUAAUUUGGAUGUAUUGCAGCACAAUUCGAGAGGUCAAAGUUAUUCUGACUAUGAGAGACACAAACCAAUGAAGUUUCACGAAAACCUGGAAAGGUUUGAGGAUUGGCCACGAAAUAAUUGGAAAGAAAUUAAAUCAUUGUCGGCAGAAAACAGUUGCGAAGAAAUACCCGCGAGGCAUCAGGUGCCUAUUGUAAAGGAGAAGGAACGAACGAGGUAUGACGACACGCACUUUACGAACUUUCUAAAGUCGCAACAAAAAGUGACCGACAUGUUGGAGAAGAUGUUGGCGAAUAAUAUGAAGGAUUCCGGCGACCAACCGCUGAGCAUGGAGGUACCAUAGUGUAGUCACAUAGUUUACAAUAUAAGUUUGUCUUAAAACCUUCCACUAACAUAUUGUUAAUGGUCCAUAAGCGAUUUUAUUAAAACUUAAAAA